AUGCGCGCGGGUAACUAUCCUACUCUGUCCAUGUCCACCCUGGCCAUGCUAGAGACACUGUAUUUCCGGGUGACCGGAACGUACGGUGCUAGUCUGUACAAUGCGUAUAGCUAUCUGCUCAAGACUCUGGGUGGCGGUGUUGAUGAUGAUGAUGAUGAUGAUGAUGAAGAUGAUGAUGCUGAAAUUGAUGACGAUUCUGCCGGAUUGACCUCCACGCUAAACCGACCGCUAGUAUCCACACUUAUGGACACCGCCAUGACCCCAGACCGCACCUCUGUGUUCCAUUCGCAGGCUACCUUUUUAGCAGAGAUUGAGACUCGGACCUCGGGUACACGGGCGGUCAAAGUGGCGGAUACGGGUUCAGCGACCCCGGGCCGGAAACGGGGGGUUAGUAGUCGCGCGGCCAAGAAAGCUUACGCGGCUGCCGUGGCGUUUUCGAACCCUGACACAAUGUGCCGUGAGCUAGCUGCCGCGCUGGAAGUACUGAUGGUACACGCGACCAUCAGUGCCCUGUUGCCGGCAAAGACAGUCUCCGACGUUGCAUCCGGUAUGGUCGAAGAAGCUCAGGAAAAAAAAAAAUCCUCUAAGAGGGCGCAUGACCACUUUGUCUACCCGACUUGGAUCAAGCCGACAAUGAGCAAGGCACGUGCGCUGGAUAGAUUUCUAGACGAAAUAUUGGAUAAUAUGCCGCGAGCGAGAUGGUACGAGCCCGACCCCAACGACAGUGUGUUGUCAAACUUCAACGGUGACUUGGUGGAUAACUGGGAUCCGCCGGUACCUGUGGGCACCAAAUAUACUACGGCCUGCCCGCCCACCACUGUACCAGUCGUUUCGACCAAGCUUUACGUGUUUCCGACACCCAGCCGACUGUCACACAUUAUUAUCGGAGGGCAUACCCGAUUACUAGAUCACCUGGACCUAGACCUAGAUGGUCUUGACACUAUCAAGGGGUACACGGGUCUGGCCACACCAUUUGUCGCGGUGUGUGUGUUUAGGAAGUCGACCCUUAACCGACCAAUGCACAACGUGCUGCUAAACGCACCGGAAUAUGCGGAUCAGUCGCUGUUACCGAAGUUGCCCAAGCUGGCCAUGCAACUCAGCGUUGGUAAGACGCGCGGUGGGUCUAAGGCCGUUCUGGUUGACAAGAAAUUAUGCGACGAAGACACGUGUGAACUGCCGCCGGUCCGGGUUGUGAACUUUGCGAUCCCGUUCGAUCACUUAAAUAAGCACUAUCUACUUCGCACGAACAUUCGUCAGAAGUCCAAGAUGUGCGAGUACGAGACUAUCCGGGUGUUGAACAACAAGUCCCACGCGGAAAAAAAAAAGGAGGCAUAUGUCUUGACUGGGCGUCCACGGUAUACAAAGCUCACGGCCAAUGCGUUUGGGUUGAAGGAGUUCGAGAUGGAUGUCGCGUGUGGAUCCAAGUCUGAAGCGAUUGAGACCGGCGGAUAUGCAGACGACGCACAGUCAGAUGUAGACACAACCACAGCCGCAGCCACGGUGGCAUUUGGGGGGUUAACUGUGGGGGACAAUCCGCCAUUGUCAUUAUUGUCGAACACGACGACGAUGACGACGACGACCAUCACCACCACCACUACUAACAAGAAUAAGGUAAUGGACAUUGUUGUCAGUGCUCCAUGGCAGCAGCCGCCUAAGCGUCGCAGGCUGAAGAGGAUGUCGGAGGUGGAGGCGACGUCGUCGGACCACACUAUUCCACCUCUAACACAUGUUGACGUGGAAAGUAUGGGUGUGGAUGCGUUUAUGGAACUCGGCAACAGCCUGUUGAAUCCACCGGACCUGAUUAUUCCGGACAGUGCGCAACACAGUGAUUCCGAGAUGCUGUGUACACCCCAACCAAAGUCGCGUGGGUGUAAUAAGCGUCGUGGUCGUAAGCGUGAGGUGAGUGGCACAUCUAACGUGCACGAGGACUUGGCUACAGUGUCUGAGGUCGAGGCUGAGACUGAGGCUGAUGGUAGUAGUAUCAGUGAUGAUGAUGAUGAUGAUGAUGAUGGUGGUGUUGGUGGUAGCGAUAUGGGGUUCUAG